GGCAGUGGGCGGAGCACCGAGAGUUCAUAACACAACACUGUCUGACGGCUGCUCCGGUUAUCUGAGCGCUUGUCAAGGCGGCAACAGAUGCGCCGUGCGGGCUGGUUUAGUCCUAUAAGCGGCUACUAGUCCAAUUAACCUCGAGGAAGGCCCACGUCCAGGCAGGUCGGCAGUUUUAAACUAACUUACUCCCCUCCGGCGAGACGAUAAAUGUGAGCGGCGCUCCGGCUUACGAUGAUACGACAGCCCGCCAUCAGCAGAGGAGUCGGACCUGAAGCAGCUCGGUGUCGGUGUCGGUGAGAUGCUGCUGUAGUUUCCACCCUGAACCUGUACCGUCGCGAUUUGGGCUCCCUUGAUAAGCCUGGAUAAGCUCCUGGAGAGCCGGGAGCUGUAGGCCUGCGUCGUUUGUGUUUUUUUCUACCGGAGUUUCCUCGGACUGUUGGGUCGUUAACAUGGAAACACUCACUGAUGUGCUGCUCGUCACCGCAAACGUCGGCUCCCUGUUUGACAAUGUGGGUGAAAUUCAAAAUGAAUGGUUACAAGAAUUAUAUAAGACGAUCCACAGCUACAAGCCGCAGUUCAUCGCCCUGCACUUCCAGGAGGUGGGAGGCAAGGAUUACAUGGCCAACAUGGGCCAUGCAGAAAACUUCUUCUGGAACAUUGAGUCCAGUGAUGAAAUGAAAGACUUCGACAGGGUUUGCAUUUAUGUGGACAACCAGUUCCAAGCAGAGGACAGCUUCACGGCUUUGGGGAGCAUGUACUUCAUCCACAAGGCACUGAAAAAUGUCUAUCAAUAUGACUUUGAAGCUAAGGAUUUUAAAGCGGUGUCGGGGCAGACCAAGUACGUGGGCUCUCUGGAUGGGGUCGCCACAGUGGAGAAAGAAAAAUUCCCAAAGAAUUUCUGGCCUGAUUUCAAGUGGUCCAGAAAGGGCUUCAUGAGGACCCGCUGGAUCAUACACAACCAAGGUCUAGACCUGGUCAAUGUCCACCUGUUCCAUGAUGCCUCCAACCUCAUUGCCUGCAACUCCAGUCCUUCUAUUUACUCAGCUAACCGUAAAAACGCCCUCAGAUAUGUCAUCAACAGAAUAUCAGACAGCCGCUACACUCCUCUGCCUUUUUUCGUGUUUGGAGAUUUCAACUUCCGUCUGGACACACUAUCUUUGGUCCAGCAUCUAUCCACUGCAACAGAUGUGCAGACAGUAAAGAAGGAUUGCAGCAACGAAGUGGAGAAAAUCAUUUGCGAAGAAAAAGACAACGACCACAAGGUACUGCUCCAAAUUGAGGAGAAGCUGUUUGCUUACCUGCACCAGGCGGUUUUCAGAGAGGACGACGGCAGAGCGCUUUUGAAGUAUGACAAAGAGGUCGCAGCCUUUCAAGAUGUAAUUAAGGAAGAGGACAUUAAGUUUCCACCCAGCUACCCCUACAGUGAAGAGUACACCAAACCAACCCAGUACAUGAACACUCGCUGUCCUGCGUGGUGUGAUCGCAUCCUCAUGUCACACGCUGCCCAAGACUUCAUCGAGAGGAGAGAUGACGGUGAGAAGAGUGUUGUUUACAACACAGUGGGUCCUAACGUCUGUAUGGGAGACCAUAAGCCUGUUUUCUUGUCCUUCUCACUGAAGACAAAUGACCAUUGACUUGGAUCCUUCUCCGUGGUCUAUCAACACACUGUCCACAGCGGGUAAUCCAAGCAAAGGGCUCGACCCAGCCUGUCCUGUGAACACUCCGUUCUCACAUCACUAGUGUCUCACGUCUGAUCUGUAUACUGCUGACCACAGCUUUAGCCCCAUGAGCACAGAUUCACUGGUGGCUGUCACUUCUGAGGCAUUAUUCCGAUUUCUCCACUCACUCUCAGAUUUUAAGUCCCCUGACCUAAAAGCUCAGAGUCACUUUGGAUGUUUCCAGAAUUCCUACCUGCUGUCAUGGAGACUGUUUUUUGUUUGUUUGUUUUUAAUGGGACCAAACGAGGGCAGAGGACCCUUUAAAUGAAUGUGUACAUGCUUAUGCACAACACUGCUAAAUUCUGAUUUUAGUUGUAGCAUUUUUAAAUAUACGCCUUUUAUACUGGCACUGUCAAAAACGACAAGUUAUUAUGAUUUUACUAAUUUCUUACAGGCCCUAAAUAAUUUAUUUAAACCCUCGGUUCAGUUAGGCUACUUCAAGUUUAAUAUAUUAUCCUAAAAUUCAAAUGUAGUAAUGUGUAAUUUAGGAUUUAGAAGAAUAUUUUUGUUAUUUUGAGCCACAGUGUGGCUAAAAAAUAUUGUCAUGAAAGCUGAAAAUUGUGGGAUUUUUAUUGUCAACUAUUGGGCAUAACUUCUACAUGGCUACAUUUUAUUUUGUAUUUUAUGCCCUGAUUAGUUCAGGUGUUUAUUUAUUUCUGUAAUGGCAACAUUUUACAGGACACACACAGUAGAGAAAUGCUGCUUUCUCAGUUCUUGUUGACGUGUUUAGUUUCAUGUCCUCUACAGGAUUUAUGAUGGAUUUUUACUGACACUUGUAGGUACUUCACACCUAACGACCCUUAACCAUGUCAGAUGUUUCAGAAUGGAUUUAUAAUAGCAACAUUAUGUAGAAAUGACACUAGAUAGCGGAAGAGGACAUUAUUAUUUUAUAGCAACAACAGAGCCUCUACAGCAGCUUCCAUCUGCUGUGGUAGGAGCUGAAUAAAUGUACUAAAUUAAUAUGAAUAAUGUUUUACCUUUUUUGUACUCACAGUUAGAUUAUUCUGUACAUUAUACCAAGUGCUUUAUUCCACAAGCCAUCACUCAGCAGUUCUCAUUUUGUCAGUUUUAACUUUUGUCACUCAGAGAAAGUUACUUUUGCAGUUUGUCUUUGCUGCCCAGACAUUUCUUCCACCCUGUUUUGGUUGAUAUCAACCUUUUUUCAUUGCCAAAAGAAUUAUACCGUACUCCUCUUGUGUUUACUUACUACUGUAGUUAAGGCGUGUGGAUGGCUUUGCUAAAACUUCUAAAAUCCUGUAUGUAUACAGUAAACACACGUGUGCACACACAACACAGAAGGCACUGUUUGCUCUCAGAUUUCUUUGAUUUCUGUCUUAUUUCCUUCUCUUGAUUCAUAGUCUCAUACUGUAGCACCUGUGCAGUAAUAUAUUUGAAUGUUAUCAGUUUGAUGUUUUGAUCUGGCUUUAAUAAUGACUAAAUAAGUGGAUUUAUAACAUGUUUGUUACUUAUUUUAUCUUCAUUUUUUGAGUGUUUUGUGAAACUUACAUGGCUUGAUGGAACAGUACACUCCCUAUAUUGAUACCAAAAUGCUUUUUCAUGCAUAAACUUGCAGGUAUGAAGUUUAGACUGUCAUGUCAUGUUUGUAAACCGUAACAAGGAGCAGUUGUGCAAAUGUCUGUGUAGAUUUGAAACAGUUUGUAAGUUUAAAAAAAAAAAAAACUCAUAGAGGUUCAUUGUUAUUACGGGAGCAGAGUUGUUGUAAGGUCAGUAUUACCUUUAGAUUAACUCUGGUAAGACACUACAUCAUUGUGCUAUUUCACUUUUGUAAAUAAAGUGUUACCCUCAGAAA